CUGCCAUUGAUUUUCUGAGCAUUAACACACUGGGCUGCGGAUUUAACUUGUUGAACCCUUUUUAAAAAAUGUGGUGCUAUCCAUAUGACUCCUUGUAUUUGAAUCUCUGUUUAACUGAAAUUGAAGAUGGCUCUUCAGCUAUGCUAAGUCUAUAAUGGGAAGUGUCACAGUUCGCUAUUUCUGUUAUGGGUGCCUUUUUACAUCUGCGACCUGGACAGUUUUGCUUUUUGUUUAUUUCAACUUCAGUGAAGUGACUCAACCACUUAAGAAUGUGCCCAUCAAGGGGUCUGGGCCCCAUGGACCUUUUCCAAAAAAAUUCUAUCCCCGUUUCACUCGAGGUCCAAGUCGAGUCUUAGAGCCACAGUUCAAAGCAAACAAAAUUGGUGAUGUGAUAGAUAGUCAUGAUGAAGACCCAGAAAAAGGCCACCUGAAAUUCUCUUCUGAAUUAGGUAUGAUUUUUAAUGAACGUGAUCAGGAAUUGAGAGACUUGGGCUAUCAGAAACAUGCCUUUAAUAUGCUUAUCAGUAACCGCUUGGGCUACCACAGAGAUGUGCCAGACACAAGGAAUGCGGCAUGUAAAGAAAAGUCCUACCCGAUUGAUCUGCCAGUUGCUAGUGUUGUUGUCUGUUUCUACAAUGAAGCUUUUUCUGCCUUGCUCCGGACAGUGCACAGUGUCAUAGACCGCACACCAGUGCACCUUCUUCAUGAAAUCAUCCUCGUGGAUGACGAUAGUGACUUCGAUGAUUUGAAAGGAGAACUAGAUGAGUAUGUUCAAAAAUACCUCCCUGGAAAAGUUAAAGUAAUAAGAAAUACAAAGCGAGAGGGAUUGAUUCGAGGAAGAAUGAUUGGAGCAGCCCACGCGACAGGAGAAGUCCUUGUGUUCCUGGACAGCCACUGUGAAGUGAAUGUGAUGUGGCUGCAACCCUUGCUGGCCGUCAUCCACGAGGACCGGCAGACCGUGGUGUGCCCGGCAAUUGACAUCAUCAGCGCUGACACGCUCGCCUACAGCUCAUCCCCCGUUGUCCGUGGAGGGUUCAACUGGGGGCUGCACUUCAAAUGGGAUCUUGUCCCCCUUUCUGAGCUAGGAGGAGCGGAAGGAGCCACUGCACCAAUAAAGUCACCUACAAUGGCUGGAGGAUUGUUUGCCAUGAACAGGCAGUAUUUCCAUGAACUUGGACAGUAUGACAGUGGCAUGGAUAUCUGGGGAGGAGAAAAUCUGGAAAUAUCAUUUCGGAUCUGGAUGUGUGGGGGGAAGCUCUUCAUCAUUCCUUGCUCUAGAGUAGGACACAUUUUCCGAAAAAGGCGACCCUACGGAUCUCCUGAAGGCCAGGAUACCAUGACACACAACUCUUUGAGGCUGGCACAUGUCUGGUUGGAUGAAUACAAGGAGCAGUAUUUUUCCUUAAGACCUGAUCUGAAGACCAAAAGCUAUGGAAAUAUCAGUGAGCGUGUUGAAUUGAGGAAGAAGUUGGGUUGUAAAUCCUUUAAAUGGUACUUGGAUAAUAUUUACCCAGAGAUGCAGAUAUCUGGGCCCCAUGCCAAACCCCAGCAACCCAUUUUUAUCAAUAGAGGGCUAAAACGCCCCAAAGUCCUUCAACGUGGACGGCUUUAUCACCUCCAGACCAACAAAUGUCUGGUGGCCCAGGGCCGCCCAAGUCAGAAAGGAGGCCUGGUUGUGCUUAAGGCCUGCAACUACGGUGACCCAAGUCAGAUCUGGAUUUAUAAUGAAGAGAAUGAAUUAGUUUUAAAUAAUCUCCUCUGUCUGGAUAUGUCAGAAACUCGCUCAUCAGACCCCCCCCGACUCAUGAAGUGCCAUGGCUCAGGAGGAUCCCAGCAGUGGACGUUUGGGAAAAAUAAUCGGCUCUAUCAGGUGUCUGUUGGACAGUGUCUGAGAGCAGUGGACCCACUGGAUCAGAGAGGCUCUGUUGCCAUGGCAAUCUGUGAUGGUUCUUCUUCACAGCAGUGGCAUCUGGAAGGUUAAGGUGGGUGCCAUGACAGGAGUGGUGAUUCACCAGGCUUUGGCUCCUCUGUGAAGUAUGUGCUUGAGAAGGAAUGUUGUCAGCGCCAGAAAUGCUGUGUCAGGAGAGCCAUCUUGGAGAUGAUGACCAUUUCCCUGUCCUUCUGGAGAAGCCUGGACAUGUUGGCAGAGGUGACAAAGCAGAUCUGAGCAACAUGGGAGCACAGUGUGACAGUGGUGAAGAAGUAUGCUUCACCAAGAUGUUAAAUUCACUUCUGAGCUGCUAUUAGAAUUUCUUGCUUAUAGAGGGAAACCAGAAUAUAAUUGUAAGUCUAGAGUUGGGUCAUACAGGACAAAACCCAGGAAAUGGACGUUUUUAUUCAAUUUUAUUUAUAUCUCUUUUUAAUUCCUUUAAUGAUGGAAUAGUUGUUAUCUAAUCAGGAGCUUGUCAUGAUUUCCUUUCUUAGAAGACUUCACAGGAGACAGUGAAAUUUUUUUUACUGCUCUUAUCAUUUGUCUACUGUGUUCUAAAGAGGUAAUUUUAAAAACCUGAAUCCACAUUACCUUUAACUUCAGGAGGCAUCAUUUAUAAGACUAUUUAAGAGGCAGUUACCUAUUAUAAAUUAUUUUGAUGAAUGAUGAUACUAUCAACAUUUAAAAUAAAGGAUCCUUUUGAUUAUUCAGCUAG